CCGAGAGGCUGCCGGGAUCGUGGCGGACCCGACGGCAAGAUGGCGGCCGCACGGCCGGGUGAGCGGGCGGGGCCGCGCGGUCGCCAUGUAGCUGUGGUCCCGCUGUCUCGGCGCAAGCCACGAGCACAGGACUGGCGCCUCCGAUUCCCCGCCACUCCGCCGUACUGGCCCUGGCGGACGCAGCCCCCUUCAUUCAGACAUUUGCGGCGGACGCCCUGGCGCCGCGCCCGGGCCUGGGAGGGAGGGGUACGAUUUUGUCUGCUUGGCGAGGACCUUCCCGAGCACACCCACCUGGGACGCACCUAAGCAAAUCCGCGGUUCACCCCGGCGUACCCGUGGCUCACCUGUGCGCACACUGGACACACGUGCAGCAUACCUGGGCACACUCUGGGCUCGCCCCUGCAUACACUUACAGCACACUGCACAUCUGUGACUCGCCCCAACCAUGCUUGGGUGCCCUGGCUAGGAGCUGUCCCUGCCUUGGUGGUGUCUGAGGCCUGGGGCUCUUGCACGGCUGGCGCCAAGCAGCGUCCCUGGAUGAGAAGCAGAGGUGGGCAGGGCCAGGCACCAGCAGCCCAAGUGGGAAGCUGGUCACAGCCUUUGCAGGCCUACGCACAUCCAUCGCUGUUCUCCCGAGUUCCUCCCUGAUCUUUAUCCAGUUUUAGGAUUAGCACAAUGUUGAGUUCCUAAAAUGAGGAGAGCAGUGUCCCUUCUUUUUUCUGCUUUAAAUGUUUGAUAUAAUUUAUCAGUUAAAAUGUGUAUGAGCCUGCUGUUGUCAUAUAGGUAGGUUUUCAAGUUAGGAAUAUACUUUCUUUAAUAGGUGCUAUUCAAUUUUAUAUUUCCUCCAGAGUUAGUUUCAUUAAUUUGUCUUCCAAGGUUAAAAAAAAAAAGAGUUCCUCCCUGGAACACAUUUUGGGUGUGUUGGGUGUGUCUGGUGGUGCAACACUCCCUACACUGGGGCUACCUGAGCGGCUUCUGCCACAGCACCAGUGGCUAUGACAGUACCCACCACUCCAUCUGGGACUAGUCUUUAUUCCGAGGUAACUGAAUAACAUUUGUGAUAAAUUUAAAGAUCCCGUGUGGGUUGGGGCCUUGGAAUUACUGUCACAGCACUAGUUAAAGGCCUGGUUUCCAUAUCCCUUGCUAAGAGGAUGCACUAAGCAUUGGCAGGCCACCCCACAAAGAACUACCUGUCACCUUACAGAGGGUUUCCAAAUUGCCAGCCCUUGUUUGGAAGUCCUCUGCAAAUUAGAUUUGCUUCUGUAUUUUCAUUUGCUUAAAAAAAAAAAAUUAAGAGGUGGGGCUCUAGCUCUGUGGUAGAGAACUUUCUUUGCAUGCAUUAGGCCUUGGGUUCAUUUCUCAGUACAGCAAAUAUUAAAAAUAAAAGUUUAUAUCAGACAGCAUCUCUUCCCAAUCUUCCCCAGUACACCAGGGAAAACAUUCGUUCUCCUUUACUUCUACAUUGUUGGUAGUCAUGUGGUGACUACAUUAAAUCAUUGGCAAUAAGUGUUAAGUCCCAAAGCCAGUCCAAAUACAUUAAGUCAGAAUGAGCUCCUUUAGGUCUGAAAUUGUUGGGACUACAGGUCUGACUGUACCUGACCUUUGUGUUAAUUAUUCAGAUGCUAUGUCACAUGAGGUUUUGGUUUUGGGGUUUUUUUGGUACCAGGGAUCAAACUUGGGUCCUUGCGCUUACAAGGCAGGCGGAACCACUGAGCUAAAUCACUGGCCCACACAUGAGGUUUUUACACAGGUUUUUAUGAGGUUUUGUUUCCUAAUCCCCACAAUUUUGACCUGUAAUAAUGGGCAACUAUCAUUUGCAAUGAUUCUGAUGGUAGCUUUUUUAUUAUUUUAUUUUUCCUGUGUUAGGGAUUGAAGCCAGGGCCUCCCUCAUGUUGGGCAGUUGCUGUAUCAAUGAGCCACUCCCCUGGCUCUGACACCAACCUUUAAGAGAAGGGUCAGGAGUGAGGAAAACCUCAUUUAAUGUGAAACCCCCAAUUAAUAUGAAACUGACCCAAAUAAUGACAGGUAUUGAGGUAACCUAGUUCAGCUGGGGCUGGAAAAGAGCAGAUCAGAUUUAAAGAGCACCUGCUGUAAGGUGAUGCUGCGCCUUCACCUUCAGCUUCCUGCUUCUGCACGUGUGCCUGCUAGGAGCCAAGGCCAGGGUCUGUUACUGACAUCCUGAGUUUACUGACCUGUGACGCCUGCCCACGAGAGAGUCCACAGCUCUGCCUCAAAGACGCAGUCUGGUCCAGGUCACAUCCCCUUCCAGGCACCAGCCAAAGGGGUCCUCAGGACAGGGGCUGUGCACCUCCCACAGGAUGGGAAAGACACCUGUGGCAGGGUGGGUGGAGGACUGAGGCUGCACAUUUGAUGGCUCAUUUGGGACAGGUUCUCUCCACAGGGAUAUUCUAGGGAAAUGGAUCAAAUUCCAGAGCAGAGCAAAUGUCUAUGACCAAUUCAGAAAAAUGAUUUCUUAGAGGUCACAUGAGAAAGCAGGUGGUUGUAACUGCAUACAUGUGGCACGUGCAGAGAUCACACAUGGUGAAAAGCACUCCUGGGUUUACCCUCAGGCACUUUGCUCUGAAGUGUGAGUCUCACCUUUCCUGUCUAGUCUGGCCUCGGGCAGGUCAGAGGUUCCACCUCUGACCCUGCCCUGUGCUCCAGGGUACAGGCUGUCCCUGGGCUCUGGGGAGGCUUAGAUGAUGAUGUCCUCCUCAAAGGGACGGAUGCACAGGUGACGGCAGAGACUUAGCUACAGGCCCUGUAAUGUGCACUUCCUCCUGUAACUAGGAGCUCAGUGGAGUGAGACUAUCAGCUCGGUACUGCGAGGCCCAGGAGAGCAUCUUAUAGGACUGGGCCUCACUGACCACCCUUUCUCUUCCAGGGAGAGGCUCCUCCUCGGUGGUAUCCUGCAGUGGCUGCAUCCUGCUCUCUCUGCCAGGUCCUGGCUCUGGCAGGCAGCCCCUUGGGGCUGAUCACGGCUGGCAGCCAGGUCUCUGCCUUUUCCUCUUAUGCCCACCCCACCUUUUCCUUACAUUUUUAUGGUGACUUAAGAGGGAGGGGUGUUCUGACAGUGGAGAGAGCUGGUGAAACUUCCUCUGAGCGAGGUGUCGGGGCUCCAUUGCCCACCUCCACCCCCUCAGCUCUGUUCCUGGUACAAGCCUGGUGCCCCAGGGAGACUCCGCUCUCUACCAAGGGCCACCAGGCAGAAAGAUGGAAACCCCUCACUUUGGAUGGCCAUAGACUCCUUCUAGUGUGACUGCUGAAAAGUAAACAAUGUUAGGAAAUUGCCAGAGGACAUUUAUCUGCCCCCAAACUGAGAUAUGUUUCCCUGUAGAACACAACAGUACUGCUCUUUUUCUAUGUGGAACAAGUGCCAAGUGAGGUCACCCAGAGCUCCAGGUGGAGCCCCACCAGCCUCAGGGCCUGUGCUCCACCCAUGCUCUGGUGGGGUAGGAAGGCUCCUGCCUUGCCCUUGUGCCCAUCAGGACCUGGCACGGUCGUGGGACCCAGGUAGGAGCCAGUGCUGCACCUCCAUGUCCACCUGCACACGUCCACCUGUCAGAGCUGGAAGCGGAUGUGCUUGUCUGUGGCCACGGGACCGAUGGCAGAACCCGCCCCUCUGGUUUGGCUGCCUGGGCAGGUUCACCCCAGAGUGCUGAGCUGGAGGACCCUUGACCACCUGCCAGCUCUCCUCAGUUCCUCUUCAGAUGCUGUUUCAUCUCAGCGGGAUAUACUGCGCCCUGUAUUUUCUGGCCACACUCCUGAUGAUCGUAUAUAAAAGCCGGGUUUUCAGCUGUCCUCACAGCUACCUGGGCCUCGACCUGAUGCUGCUGUCUCUGAUGGGGCCUCUGGAAGCAGCGAGGCUGCACCUGGGCAUGAAGGGCAACCUGACAGAAGCUGAGGUGCCACUGGCUGCCAGCGUGGCCCUCACAGUGGGCAUCGGGCUACUUUCUGUCUACUUCCUUCUCUGGCAGACCAUGGUGCUGUGGGCAGACUGGGUUCUCAGCACCACACUCCUGGCACUGCAUGGCCUGGAAGCCGCCCUGCAGGUGGUGGUAAUCACAGCCUUUGUCAGAUAAACCCAGCCCACCACUGUCCUGCUGGUGUACCAUGAGCAGUUUAUCUUUGCAGGCAGAAAGAACUAGGGCAUACUGUUGGGGGCCCAGGCAUUGAGCACAGCUUGGGGGGACCCCCGGGGAGCCCACUCAGGCCCUGUACCGGUCCUAGCUUCAGCAGACCGGCCACCACUGACCACCAGGAUCCAGGGAGGACAGAGCCCUUCAGACAUGAGAUCACCCUGGGGUGGUCCAGUGGCUCCGCCCUGUCACUUCCCCUGAGAAACACGCCCUCGUGUUUCUGCAUCCAUCCCAGGGCGAGCUGGUCACGCACAGUCCCGUGUAUCCGCACACAGCAGCUCUCAUCAGCCUGUACUCCCCACUCUGUCCUUAUCCGUGUCCUGAAAGCCACUUUUCUCUGCUGCCCCAGGGAGCACCCCACAGGGCUGCUGUGUGCCAAAGUCUCACCUCAGCCACCUCCUCCUCCUGGGGGUCCGGGCAGGUAGAAAUUCCUUCUGUCUGAGGUCUCUGAGCCGCACUACACUACAGUAAUAGCUGUGCUUGCCACUGAACAAACUCCAUCUCACAUCUAACUUUUUUCCAUCCUCAGACUUAAAGCCUAGUGCUGCUUAGUUGGCUGGGAAUGUAGCUCAGUGGUACGGCACCUGCCUGGCAAGUGUGAGGUCCUGAGUUCAAUCCCCAGCACCAAAAAUAACAUUUGGGGCUGGGGAUGUGGCUCAGUGGCACCGCACUUGCCUGGCAAGUGCAAGGUCCUGGGUUUGUUCCCCAG